GAACGAAUUUUCGUUCGGUAUAUAAGCACGCUCCAGAGCCACGGAUAGUCACAGUUUGGCUUCUGCCUGUACUCAGUGAGCAACAAACGAGUUCCAACCCAAAAACGUUCCGUACCCAACCCGUGCCAAGAUGAAAUUCUUCGUCGUUCUCGCUCUGGCCCUGGUUGCCGUCGUUGCCGCCCAGGACAAGUACACCACCAAGUACGAUGGUGUCGAUCUGGAUGAGAUUCUGAAGUCGGACCGUCUGUUCAACAACUACUACAAGUGUCUGCUGGAUCAGGGCCGCUGCACCCCGGACGGUAAUGAGCUGAAGCGCAUCCUGCCGGACGCCCUCAAGACCGACUGUGCCAAGUGUAGCGAGAAGCAGAAGACUGGCACGGAGAAGGUGAUCAACUAUCUGAUCGACAACCGCAAGGAUCAGUGGGAAAACCUCCAGAAGAAGUACGAUCCGGAGAACAUCUACGUCAACAUGUACCGCGACGAAGCCAAGAAGAAGGGCAUCAACCUGUAAGGUGUGAGGGCGCUGUGUUUUUGACAGUGUCGAAUAAUUGCGACCAACCUCGGCGGAACCUCGGCGAAUGACUGGCGAAUGGCGUGAUACCGUUUAAGUACUGAACUAUUGAUCAUACCGAGCAAAACCAACUGCAAAACCAAGUGCCUCUUUACUACGCAAAAACACACUCAGCAUAGAAGUAUAUUAGCUCAGAACAGUCAGCAGAAAGAGCGAGUAUAGUUUGACCGAAGGGAAGGAAUGUGAUAUGCGAAGAGGGAGAGCCAGCAACACCAAGUCGUUUGAAUCCUAUGGGUUCAUGAAAGCGUUAAUAAUUUGUUUAAAAUGACAAACUUACCGUCAACUUACGAGUCGCGAGUAUUCCAAGCCAAACCAGCGGCCAUGUAAGCGAUCAAGCUGUGCCUUCUGAGUGAACUUCAAACUUACAAAACUUCAUCAGUAUACACAAAAUAAACAUACCAACAAACAAUUUUAACAUAAAAA